UGACGCCACCUCAGCAACAGCAGAUCCUUAAUUUGAGGCCUGCCGGUCAAGCGUCGCUCAUGAGCGCCAACCCGAUGCUUCAGCAGGCCCUGCUUGCCCAGCAGUUGCAAGGUAACUUGAGAGGUUUUAACAUGGCAGCAGCUCCUGUACUACAGCAGUUCUUCCCUCAGGCCACGAGGCAUUCCCUGUUGGGACCCCCUCCGGUUGGGGUAUCCCUAAAGCCCGCCCGUUUGGCGUUCCCGACUCUCCUGUUCCCGCGGCAAAACCGGACUUUUGGCAAGGACUUCCCAAAGAUUCCCGAGAGGAAGCGUGAGGCCGAUUCUGCAUCCUCUUCCUCUCAGGGCCAAGGAACGUGUGAAGCUGGGCCGGUCAUGGAGGCAUCUGACUUUCAAGGAGACUCUGAGCUGUCCAGUUCUUUACCUUCAGAAACACCAGCAGAAUCCUCCGGAGAUGGCCAGCCAGCUGCCAAACGGCUAAGAAGCAAAGCUGACGAGGCUAUUCCUGAAGAAAUAGCAGAGGAGUCUGAUGCGAAGUCCCGCCUGGAAGAGAGAGACAACGAGCAAAAGACCCUGGCUGGAGAUUCUUCCGAUGAGAAGCACUUUGUGGAGGAGUUGAAAACUUCAGAGGUGGUCAAUUCCGGGGGCUCCUUAAAAGUAACAAUUCAGCAGAGCAGCGAGAGCCGAGCAAUCAGCACCACGGCCCUGAAGCCGGCUCACUGGACCUCCGAAAUGGGCGCUGCGGAGACCAGCCCGGAGUCUGCCCUGAAAUUCUACUGUUAUAUCUGCAAGAGUGACUGUUGCAAUCAAGAGAAUUUCCAGAACCACAUGGCAGGCGUUCAACACCAGCAGCGCCUCCGGGACAUCCAACACAUGAGCAACCUCUGCUUUGUCUCUUUGCUCCCCGUGGUGAAGGAGCAGGGGCCGCUGGCUGAGAAAGACGGGGAGAGUCAGCAGCGGUGGUGUAACACCUGCCACACACAUUUUACAGGCGAUCUGAUCAAGCACCGUCGGACUCAGGAACAUAAGCUCGCGAAACGCUCCCUCCGCCCCUUUUGCACCGUCUGCAGCCGCCACUUCAAGACGCCGCGCAAGUUUGUGGAGCACAUGAAGUCCCUGGCGCAUAAGCAGAAGGCCAAGGAGGUGAAGUUGGGAGAGAAGGAGCAGGGAGGGCCCGAGGAUUCGGAGGAACUUAUCACGGUCGACGCUGUCGGGUGUUUUGAAGAAGAGGAGGAGGAAGAAGAAGAAGAAGAAGAAGCUGGAGAAGAGGAUGACUCUGAAGGGGAACCGCAGGAAAAUGAAGACCCUCUAACCAAGCAGGCUGGGCUGAAGGAAGAGCCAUCGGAAGACGGUGGAGGGAAGGAGGAAUAUUGCCCAGAUACGGUCUACGGCCUGGAUUUUCUGGUUCCCGUUGCGGGCUUCCUCUGCAGACUGUGUCACAAAUUCUACCACAGUGACUCAGCCGGCCGGCUCACGCAUUGCAAGUCCCUGAUGCAUUUUGAGAACCUCCAGAGAUACAAAGCCAUGAAACUCCAGGCCUCAUCAUCCACACACGCAGAGGCCUCCUUGCACCCGCAGCCGGAGCUGACCGAUGGGCAAACGGUGGAUGCCGCCCAGGCAGUGGUUAAGACAGAGACGGCCGAGGCUGAGGAGGAAGAGGCGAGCUUAAGGGGAGACUGCAGGUCUCCAAGAGAUGAGCCCGCUUCCGCGGCCCAGACUCACAAUCCAGUUGCCUUUAGGAGUCCCAGCCCGGUUGUGGAAGAGGGGGAAAAAUGUGGAAACCACUUGGCGUCACCUGGCAAUGGCACCUUGCGGCAGGAUGCUCCAGGGACAGGAGAAACGGCAGAACUGCCUAAGCCGACAGCCAAGCCUUGUGACACGACGCAGCAAGGGGUGUCGGCCGACAGAGCGGCAAACGAAACACCAGACAGUCGCCAGGAGGAAAAGGGAGGGUCGUCCUCCGCCAAAGGGGACUCAUCUAGCCGCCGGCGUUCCACCAGGCAUAAGGCUAGAUAAAACUUUCUCAUUUUAUUUUUGUAGGCGAGUUUUCUUUUUGUGUGUAGAUUUCUCCAGGAAAGGUUUUUAUUCCCACCCCCCCGAGUCUUCUACUUUUAGAGGAAGGAAGAACAGAAAAAAGAAUGCUAUAGUUUUACUGCUUUUUUUGGUUAAAUUAAAAGGGGAAAAAAAGAGGAAAAAACAUCGCUGC